GGAGGCGGUGCCGGGUCUGCGGACGGUGUGCGGCCUUGAUAAACUGAAAUGCUUUGAGGAAGGUGAGGACCCAAAAGUCAUCCUGGAGGAUACUGACCUGGUUAAGUAUUUGACUGCUGUUUAGUUCCACAUGGAAGAAUGGCGGAAAAGAAGCAAGAGCUAAAUUAAGACAAAUAUUUUGGUGAAAAUGGGAUAUUCACAAGAAGAAAUUGAAGAAUCUCUUAGUAAAAUGAAACAUGAUGAAAUCAUACCAUAUAGUUGUUGUUUGAGAGAAAAUUUUCAGAGCUGGACUCUAGUGAUUCCAGUUCUAGCGGCAGUCUUCCACUUGCUAGGAUCAGGCCAAGCAGUGGUCUCAGCAACAACCCUGGCCAGUCUCAAGCCAGAAGCAGAGACAUUACCAUCUGGACCAGCUAUUCCUUCAGUUGUGGCAUAUCCAAAAAGGAGUCAGACCAACACUAAAGACAGUGACCACAAAGAAGAUGGAAUUCCCUCCCAGAUAUCAAGAGGCAUUGCUGUUGGGAGAGAGGGAAUUGCUCCAGCCAAUCCCAUGCUUGGGGAUGCAAGAAAAGCUCCACUAGUCACUAUUCCUGAUCAAUGAACUUCAGCUGCUCCAACACACAGUAUUAGCAGUGCAACCAGCCUGAAUCAAAUCCACAUCCCAAGAGGCCUUGCCAGUCAUAGCACUUUCCAUGACCCCAUGGGCGCGGCCAACUGCAACAUAACUGUAUAACGGCGCCCACCUCUCCCACCCUCUCCCAGCCUGUCCUGUGAAGCCACACUGUUGCCCCAGACUCGAAGCUAAGACUCCACUAAUCCUUUUAGCAAGUUAACUUUGGAGCUCAGAAGGAGGUAAGUGUCUGGUGAUGCUAGUCGUUUUGGAGUGAACAUACAGAGCAUAAAGAGAAAGUU